CUCUGUGAUAUUUUAGGGUUUAUCCGCCAUGGCGACACUGUCGUGGGGGCUGGCGCCGAGUCCAUGCCGCAUUGGACGCCCCAGGCCGCGGCGAUCGUCGGGCGCGAGCUGCCAGCACUCUGCGAGGCUCGCAGGAUCGAGUUCUUGCAUCCCGGCAUUGCAAAACGGGAGCAAUGUAGCUGAUAGCUCGCAAGAAUCCGCUUGGAUAGCCGCCCUAGAUGGUCUGGAAUACGAGGAGGAGCAGCAGGGCAGCUAUGACAGGAGGAAGGAUGAGAAGGACCGAAUUGAUGCAUCGUGGAAUCCUCUCAAGUACAAGGCUCCAUGGACGCAUGCCGAUGAGCAGCAGCCGCGAGUGGACGAGAGAACCUGGCGGAGGAAGGAUCCGGUUCUCUCGACGAUCUCUGGGUAUCCGCUUGGAUACAACCAAACCAGCACGAAUCCCCCGCUGGUAACUUCUUACGAGCAGUUUCAACAGCACGAGGUAGCCGAAUCCACGAGAGACUCUUCCGCAGUGUCGCAGAUCGCUGACAACUUACGCAGGAUAAAAGCUCCCCAGAGAGACAUCGUUCCGCAGAGGAAUGAAUCCAGGAUUGGGAAUCUAGUGAACCGGCUAGUUGGUCCAGCAAUCACUCCUCCUGGCGAAAGCUCCAUGUUGUCUACGUUUCCAUCACAGACAUGGAACGCCAACUUGCCAGCAAUGCUUUUGGAGGAGCCGCCAAAGCCUGCUCCAAAGUUUCCGUGGGAAAUGGAGGAUUUUUCGAAGGCUCCGUCUGGAGAAGAAGAACAGCCGCAGCGAAGAGUGAGACCACCAUCGCUUGCCGAGCUCGUGCUUCCGGAUGCCGAGCUUAGGAGGUUGAGAACGAUGAUUAUCCACACAAAGGAGCGGAUUAAAGUGAAGAAGCUCGGCAUCACCCGCAACGUUGUGCAAGCGAUUCACCAGAAAUGGAGAACCAGUGAGAUUGUCAAGCUGAAGUGUGACCAAGAGGUGGCCAUGAACAUGAGGAAAGUACAUGAGGAGUUGGAGAAAAGAACAGGAGGCUUGGUAAUCUGGCGAGCUGGAGCUGCGCUCGUGAUCUAUCGUGGGAAAGACUACGCUGGUCCUCCUAAGGAACGAUGGAUUCCAACCGAAAGCGUGUCGAAACCGAAAGAAAGUGUGGAGAAACCAGAAAAGUCACACGUAUCGGGAGAGUUGCUAGGCAUUGAUACACAGUUCAAGGAGUUCGUGAAUCACAUUCCGUUCAUCGAGGCGGAGUACGAGAUGCAGAUGGAUCGAUUGUUGGCCGAGCUUGGUCCGAGAUAUGCAGACUGGAAAGGUGAUAGACCCGUGCCAGUUGAUGGGGAUAAGUUGCCUGCAAUCGAUCAUAACUUCAAGUCACCAUAUCGACUUUUGCCAUAUGGAAUGGAACCCAAGCUUAGCGAUAGGGAGUUUACGAAUCUGGUGCGGCUUGCAAGACAAAUGCCACCGCAGUUUGUUAUUUCAAGAAAUAAGGGGCUCCAGGGUCUGGCCAAGGCAAUGGUGAAGUUGUGGGAAAAGACUGAAAUCACCAAGGUUGCGAUCAAGCAAAGCGUUCAAAGUACAGACAACGCAAAAAUGGCUGACGAACUUAAGCGGCUUACAGGGUGUGUACUUCUUGGAAGAGAGAAAACCCACAUGAUAUUUUACAGAGGAAAGGAUUUUCUUCCUGCUCCAAUUGCUGCUGCAUUUGAAGAGCGUGAAGCCAUGUCUUUUGCAAACAAAGACGUUGAAGACAAAGCAAGAAUGCUGCCUACGGGAAAAGUUACCGAGAAGAUAGUCCACGUUGAACAAAGGCCACAGGAAACAGAAGCAGAUAUUAAGCUCAAGGAGUGGAUUAAGAACCAAGAAGAGGAGAAACGCAGAGCGAUCGUUAUGAAAGCUGCCAGAGCAGCCAGAGCAAGACGGAUAGAGAGGCGGCUCGACAUUGCCGUUCGCAAGAAGGAAAAGGCAGAGGAAGCACUGUCUAAAGUUGAGAAGCUUAUGAAGCCGCGUGAGCCUUCAGAAGACCGCGAAACGAUUACGGAAGAAGAACGCUACACCCUGCAAAGAGUUGGGCUUAAGAUGAAAGCAUUUCUUUUGCUAGGACGGCGAGGAGUCUACUCUGGCAUUAUUGAGAACAUGCAUCUGCAUUGGAAGUACAGAGAACUCGUGAAAGUGGUGUACAAGGGAAAGGACAGAAUGGACAUCGAGGAUACCGCGAAAAUGAUCGAAUGCGAAAGUGGAGGCAUUCUUAUUGGCAUAUAUCCAGUCUCCAAAGGACAGGUGUUUUUGUACUAUCGUGGGAAAAAUUACAGACGGCCAGAGGAGCUUAGGCCGCACAAUCUUCUCACGAAAAGAAAGGCCUUAGCAAGAUAUACGGAAACUCAACGACGAGAGUCUUUGUCUCGCUACAUUUUAAGCUUGGAGCAUGACAUUCGAUCACUGGGUUAUAUUCUGGAAAAGGCUAAAGCUGACGAAAGCGAGUCUGAUGAAGAUGCUGGGUCUGAUGAAGAUGCAAGUGACGCCGACGUCCAAGACGACAACAGUGAUGACAAGGCAGUUCAGCUUUUGUCGACGAAAGGCGCCACUCAGGCUGAAAUGCCUGUCGCGCCGCCAUUAAAACGAUACCAAAGGUCGAGGCAUCUUGAUCUUGGUCCGAUUCUUCGGGCGGAACCUCUCUCUAACAGAGAGAGGUUGAUACUGCGGAAGCGGGCGCUACUGAUGGGAAAGCCUUCGCAUUUUCAUAUUGGGAAGUGUAAUCUCGUUGGGGGCCUUAUAACAUCAAUCAGGAUUUUCCUAAAGAAACGUGCGCUGGUAAAGAUUGGGAUGAAAGGUCGUGCUUUAGGAACAUCUGUCCAAGAGCUGGUAAAGCUUAUCGAGGAUGGUACGGGAGCAGCCUUUGUAUGCCAAGAGAAGCAUAAAUUGAUAUUCUAUCGUGGGUGGCCCGAAGGAACGAAGCACCCAGCGUACAUGGACGAGGAUCUGUCCGCCGAUCUGGUCGCAGCGGUUAAAGAAGAAGACGGAACGGAUUAUGCUUUUGCGGAUGAAAGUCGCGAAGAAUCAAACACGGACAUGGAAGGCGACUUGGCAAAUGAUAGUGGAGAUGAGACUGCAGGGGAAGUUUCCGAGCUUGAAUCUAGUAGUGACGACGAGAGCUCUGAAGAGGAUUACAGCGAUGAAGCUGACUUCUGCAGCGGCGAGGCUGACUUUGGAAGGGAUCAUGCAGAUAACUCGGCUCCCAACUACAGGAAGGCCGAGGAGGAAUCGGCUUACAGCACUGGUGAGGAAAGCGAUGAUGAAGUCUGGAGUGUAUAUGACAGCCAGGAUCAAGAGAAGCCGCGUCCGGCUAUAGUGGACGAGUUGUAAUUCAGUCAAUCACACUGUGCGAUUUUUGUCGGACGAGCCUGACGUCAACGGGAUUACGUGUCGAAAACUCGUAAAAUAUUCAAGGGAAGGCGAAGAAUCUCCAUCUCGUGGUCUUUGGAUCAUCUUUUAGCUCUCGCCAAAGCUCAUGGUGCCUUGCGACCCGUAGGCUGUAUUAGAAAACAAAAUUAUUCUUCGACCGUGCAGCAGGCAAAGUGGCAGAGGUCACUCCCCAUUCCAAUCAAUCGGUCUUCUGCAAAGAAAGCGAAGAUAAGAAGCAAGAAGAAGCCGCCUCUUUCCAAGCCGAAAAGAAAAUCCAACUUGGCGUGGGACCGAACUGUCGAUGGCUGUGGCUAACAACGAUUCUUCCCUGCACAACGAAAGCGUCCCGGUAACAAGCACCAGCUCUCGCAACUGUCUCGAGUCGCUCCAAGCAUCCGUGCUGCAAGACUGUAUCUUGCAACGCAACAAACGACAUGAUUUGGAGGCCCGCCGCUGUCAUGUAUGAUCAUCCCAGCAAGAGUGAAUUCGUCCCCCGCAACAGGAUUUUUGGAACGCUGGCGACCAACACGCUGGGACCAAAGAGUGGUGCCCAUGUCUAGAGAGGAGCUCUGACGAGAGAUAAGAAGCCGCAAUCCUCACGAGAAAACAAGCAAGCGAAGUCAUGGACCACAGCCUGAGAGAGUAGUAAACACGAACAAACGUCGUGCCACGACCGCCAAAUGGAAGCCAUUUUUUCAAAGACAUCCGCCCGCGAACUGGACAGCGGCUGGGAUGGCGCCACGCGGCCGCCCUAGCCCCCAUCCAACGGCUACAGUUUGAAGUUUCUAUUUCCGCCGUAGAUGCGCCCCAUCUAACGGCUGCCACUGACGAGUUCUUUCUCCUGUGUGGGCGGCA